AGCAUUACACGUUACGGCAGAGGCGUCGUCAUACAUGAUGAAUAUAUAAGCAAACAUGAGGGGAAGAAUGCGAGUGCGAGAGAGAGAGAGGGACUGCGGCGAAUCUAUCAUCGUCGGUUGGUCGGUACUUUCAGCUGCUUCCAGUCGCCUAUCAGCUUCGAACUGAGUAUAGCGCUUUCUUUUUAUUGUUCGUGUAACAAGUGAAUUUAAAAAUAAAAAAGGAAGCUAUGGCUCAAGGUGCAAGGUUUACCACUUCAUUUCUGAAGACGAGCAGCAACAAUGCAGUACAAUCAAGAUUUGGCUCAUGGUGGUCUCAUGUUCAGAUGGGACCCCCAGAUGCCAUCCUUGGUGUUACUGAAGCAUUCAAGAAAGACCAAAAUCCAAAGAAAAUUAAUCUUGGCGUUGGAGCUUACAGAGAUGAUAAUGGCAAACCAUUCAUGCUUCCAAGUGUGAUAAAGGCAGAAGCAAAUUUGCGUAGCAAAGUAUUAGAUAAAGAAUACUCUCCAAUUUCUGGAAAUGUAGAGUUUUGUAAACAUUCUAUUAAUUUGGCACUUGGUGAUGAUAAUGAUGUAGUUCCAAAUGGCCGUAAUGCAACCGUGCAAGGUAUUUCUGGAACAGGAUCUCUGUGCAUUGGGGCCAACUUCUUAUCCCAUUUUUUUCCUGGUAACAAAGAUGUAUAUUUACCUACACCUUCAUGGGGUAACCACGCACCGCUUUUCAAGUUAGCUGGUCUAAAUGUAAAAUCAUAUAGGUACUAUGAUCCCAAAACUUGUGGUCUCGACUUCCAAGGGGUUUUAGAUGACAUUAAUAAAAUUCCAGAAAAAUCUAUUAUUCUCUUGCAUGCUUGUGCUCAUAAUCCCACAGGCGUGGACCCUAAACCAGAUCAAUGGGCUGAAUUAUGUCAACUUAUUAAAAAGAAGAAUCUGUUUCCAUUCUUUGAUAUGGCUUAUCAAGGUUUUGCAUCUGGUGAUGUAAUGAAAGAUUCUUUAGCAGUAAGAUUAUUUGUUAAGGAAGGACAUCACAUUGUUUUGGCUCAGUCAUAUGCGAAAAAUAUGGGAUUAUAUGGUGAGCGGGUCGGAGCUUUCUCACUCAUUGGCGCUGAUAAAGAUGAAGCGUCUCGUACCAUGUCUCAAAUUAAAAUUCUUAUUAGGCCGAUGUAUUCAAAUCCACCAAUCAAUGGAGCUCGCAUUGUUACAGAAAUUUUGGGUAACACAGAGCUCAAAAGAGAAUGGUUGGUCGAUGUAAAAGGUAUGGCCGACCGGAUUAUUUCAGUACGUACGAAGCUUCGUGACAAUUUAAGAAAUAAUGGUAGUACUCGUGACUGGUCCCAUAUUACCGACCAGAUAGGCAUGUUCUGCUUCACUGGCUUAAAAGCUCCCGAGGUCGAACGGCUUACCAAGGAGUUCAGUAUUUACCUUACUAAAGAUGGAAGAAUAUCAAUGGCUGGAGUAACAUCGAAAAAUGUAGAAUAUCUUGCUCAUGCUAUUCACGAAGUUACCAAGUAAUUUUUUCAUCGAAGCAGCGUAUCUAUGAAUUGCCUUUCAUUAUCUAUAAACAACAAAAAAUAAUUAUCUAUUGUGCAAUCUAAUAUCAAACUGGUAUGAAGCUUAUGCUUUGUGUCAUUUAUACAUAAACUAGUAUACUUGUAUUUUUAUAGAAAAUCGAAGAAGAAAAAAACAUGCAUUUACUUCAGUGUAAUUUUUAGAAAAAAAAACCACUGCUGGCAGUGUAGUGAAUGCGAAUUUGAAGAGUCCUGCCAAAAAUAUGUUUUAUACACUAACUGCAUUCCUUUUACGUUUGAUCAUCAAUAUUUUAUAAAUAUACUUAUAUUAUCGUUACUAAAUAACCACAUAUGCUUACUAUUUUUCUUCACUCAUAUUUAGUCUUGUAAAGCAAGUUUUGACAAAGUUAUUCAUAUAGAUAAUAAAAAUACAACUAUUGUCAC